UUAAUCCCAAUCAACCCGCUGCUCCUCCCGAGUGCUUCGUGGCUAAGCCUCCGCCCGCGCUCUCCGAGCACGGUGUAAAAGAAUAUCCGUGGGGAUUACGAUCCCCCAUCCUCACACCGCCAAACCAGUUGCCAAUCUCGCUCGAUCACCGAUGGAGGAGGCCUGCGAGAUCGCGCGCCUGCCGGAGGAGCUCCUCUCGGCGGCGCUCGCCCGCACCUCCCCGCGCGACGCCUGCCGCGCAGCCGCCGUCUCCCCGGCCUUCCGCGCCGCGGCCGACUCCGACGCCGUCUGGGCCGGCUUCCUGCCCCCCGGCGGCCUCCCGCCGCUCGCCGACGGGGAGCUGGCUGCCCCCGCCCCGCCCUCCUCCAAGAAGGAGCUCUUCCUCCGCCUCUCCGCCGGCCCCGCCCUCCUCCAGGACAAGCUCGUGAGCGUGUGGCUGGACAGGGAGACCGGCGCCAAGUGCUACAUGCUGUCCGCCAGGAACCUCUUCAUCGUGUGGGGGAACACGCCCGAGUACUGGACCUGGAUCCCACUCCAAGACUCCAGGUUCUCCGAAGGUGCUCAACUCAGGCAUGUUUGCUGGCUCGAGAUCCGUGGGAAGAUACACAGCAACCUGCUUUCCCUGGACACAACCUAUACCGCCUACAUGGUCUUCAAGAAAACUGAUGAUUUCUAUGGGCUGGCAUUUCCGGUCCAGGAGGCAUCGGUCAGCGUUGGAGCAACCAACUUAACCCGCAAGGUUUGCCUCCAACAUAACAAUGAUGAUGACGACGACGACGGCGACAAUGAUGACGAUGACGACUACGAUGACUGUGGGAUGCCCGAGAACUACUGGUCCAUGAGAAGGAAUGGCCUACACAAAGAAAAUGUCGCACUCCCUCAGCAAAGGACCGACGGAUGGAUGGAGCUGGAGCUGGGCGAGUUCUUCAACGAGGGGGGUGAAGACGGCGAGGUGUCCAUCAGCCUGACGGAGGCCAAAGGUGGGAACUGGAAGAGCGGCCUCAUCGUGCAGGGCAUUGAGAUCAGACGUAAGAAAUCAGGCUGAGUGAGGAGCUCCUAGUAGGAUUAAACUUGCCCGGGUCAAAGUAAAUGAACAAGGAAAGCAUAUCGUCUGUAGUGUGUGUUUUUGAACACUUCUCCUUUUGCUGCUAAAGCAUAUCAGUGUACACAUAGUUAAUGUACAUUGACGUUAAUUUGAAAGUGGAUGUGUUUCAAUCGUGA